UGCAACUUGCGGCGCUGCCUGCUCGCUCCAUAUAACCGCACACUCCCCCGCCGCUCCAUUCCCACAAGCACAUUGCCGCUUCCCUCCGCCCUCCCACCCGCCGCCGCCAGCCAUGCGGCGCCUCCUCCUCUUUGCCGCACUCAUGCUCGCGUCGGCGCCGGCGCCGAUGGCUCGCGCACGGUCGGCGUUCGCGUGCGCCCCGGGCGGCCCCGCUUCGUCGCUGCCGUUCUGCCGUCGGUCGCUGCCCCUCCGCGCCCGCGCCCGCGACUUCGUGUCGCGGCUGACCCGCGCUGAGAAGGUGCGGCUGCUGGUGAACAACGCCGCCGGGGUGCCCCGGCUGGGCGUGGCCGGGUACGAGUGGUGGUCGGAGGCGCUGCACGGCGUGUCGGACACGGGCCCGGGCGUCAAGUUCGGCGGCGCGUUCCCGGGCGCCACCGCGUUCCCGCAGGUCAUCGGCACCGCCGCCGCGCUCAACGCCUCGCUCUGGGAGCUCAUCGGGCGGGCGGUCUCCGACGAGGCGCGCGCCAUGUACAACGGCGGGCAGGCGGGGCUCACCUUCUGGUCCCCGAACGUCAACAUCUUCCGUGACCCGCGGUGGGGCCGGGGGCAGGAGACCCCCGGCGAGGACCCGGCCGUGUCCGCGCGCUACGCCGCCGCCUACGUCCGCGGCCUCCAGCAGGCGUCCCCCUCCGGCGACAGCCUCAAGCUCGCCGCCUGCUGCAAGCACUUCACGGCCUACGACCUGGACCGGUGGGGCGGCACGGACCGGUUCCACUUCAACGCCGUCGUGGCGGCGCAGGACCUCGAGGACACCUUCAACGUGCCCUUCCGCGCCUGCGUCGCGAACGGGAACGCCGCCAGCGUCAUGUGCUCCUACAACCAGGUCAACGGCGUGCCCACCUGCGCCGACGAGGGGUUCCUCAAGGGGACGAUACGGGGGAAGUGGGGGCUGGACGGGUACAUCGUCUCCGACUGCGACUCCGUCGACGUCUUCUUCCGGGACCAGCACUACACCCGCACCACCGAGGACGCCGUCGCCGCCACGCUCCGCGCCGGGCUCGACCUCGACUGCGGGCCGUUCCUGGCCCAGUACACGGAGUCGGCGGUGGCGAAGGGGAAGGUCUCCGACGCCGACGUCGACGCCGCGCUGGCCAACACCGUCGCCGUGCAGAUGAGGUUGGGGAUGUUCGACGGCGACCCCGCCGCGGGCCCGUUCGGGCACCUCGGGCCCAAGGACGUGUGCACGCCGGCGCACCAGGAGCUCGCGCUCGAGGCGGCGCGCCAGGGCGUCGUGCUCCUCAAGAACAAGAAAGGUAAGCACAGGGGCGGCGUCCUCCCGCUGCGCCCGGCAACCCACCGCACCGUCGCCGUCGUGGGACCGCACGCCGAGGCCACGGUGGCCAUGAUCGGGAACUACGCGGGCAAGCCGUGCCGGUACACCACGCCGCUGCAGGGCGUGGCGGGGUACGUGCGGCAGGCGGUGCACGCGGCCGGGUGCACGGACGUGGCGUGCGCGGGGACCCGGCAGCCCAUCGCCGCCGCCGUCGACGCCGCGCGCCGCUCCGACGCCACCGUCAUCGUCGCCGGGCUCGACCAGAAGGUCGAGGCCGAGGGGCUGGACCGGUCGACCCUGCUCCUCCCCGGCUGGCAGGCGGAGCUCAUCUCCGCCGUGGCCAAGGAGUCCAAGGGCCCCGUCGUCCUCGUGCUCAUGUCCGGCGGCCCCAUCGACAUCGCCUUCGCGCAGAACGAUCCGAGGAUCGCCGCCAUCCUCUGGGUGGGGUACCCCGGCCAGGCCGGCGGGCAGGCCAUCGCCGACGUCAUCUUCGGCCACCAUAACCCAGGCGGGAAGCUCCCGGUGACAUGGUACCCUGAGGACUACCUGCGGAAGGCGCCGAUGACGAACAUGGCGAUGCGCGCCAACCCGGCGAGCGGGUACCCCGGCCGGACCUACCGCUUCUACACGGGCCCCGCGAUCCUCCCGUUCGGCCACGGGCUCAGCUACACCCAGUUCACGCACUCGCUGGCGCACGCGCCGGAGAAGCUCACCGUGCAGCUCACCGGCGGCCACGCGUCCGCCGCCGCCGCGUCGUCGUCCUUCCCCAACGCGACGCGCUCCGCCAGCGCCGUGCGCGUGGCGCACGCGCGCUGCGAGGGCCUGACCGUCCCGGUGCACGUCGACGUGAGGAACGCCGGCGACCGGGACGGCGCGCACACCGUGCUCGUCUACCACUCGCCGCCUUCCGCUCCCGGCGCGCCGGCGAGGCAGCUGGUGGCGUUCGAGAAGGUGCACGUGCCUGCCGGCGGCGUGGCGCGCGUGGAGAUGGGCGUGGACGUGUGCGAGGGGAUGAGCGUCGCGGACCGGGACGGCGUGCGGCGGAUCCCCGUCGGCGAGCACAGCCUGAUGAUCGGCGAGCUCACGCACACGGUCACUCUCGGCGUCGAGCAACUCGGCGGGGUAUAGAACGAAACGCAAGGAAGCGACGAAGCGUAGGAGGAUUCAGAGGCGUGUCUGAAUAAUUUGUGUCGUUUUGGGAAGGGGUCAUUGGAUUGGAUUGUGAUUGCUGCGGUGCUUGCUUCUGUCUCUGCAAAGGUGGAGAUGGAGAUCUCAAAAGUUCGAGAAGGCACCGGAUUUACUGAAAUUUUGUUGAAAUUAUUGCAAACGAUUAAAAUGGAAGGAACACAGAAGAAUGUCGUUUCUUUCUCAGCGUCA